AACUAUUCGACUUUCUUCAUAGCGCCACGGUCUACUUAGGCACCUGCCUCAUCGUCAUUUCCUGGUAACAAGUAUUUUUCGUCCCACGCGUUGCAUCAUGACCAUGAGUUCAUCGUGAUACUUACCAAGAGGGAAGAUCUGCCUCAACAUGACGACCCUGGAAUCCUGGUACUACCUGGCCCCGGAUGGGUGCUACUACGGGCCCGCGCCCUUUGGAAAAAUGGAGCACUGGCUGCGGCGUGGGAAGAUACCGCACAGCACCCCCAUCGCUCCAGCGGCGCACGGUCCCUUCUUUCCCGCCACGCACUACUGGAACCCAGAUAGCGGACGACUGAAGACGCAAGUGCAUCUGGAUAGCUGGUACUAUUUUUUGAAAAAAAUUUUUCGGCAUCAGGACGACCAUUGAUUGUGUUGUAUGACCUGAACCACGUGCAUGUGAAGACAAAAUCGUAGGAGCAAUUAGAAGUUGUACUAGCACGUGGAUCGAUCACGAUCUCCUCGGUUUUGCUGUAGUGAAGCUGAAGUCUUCUUUCGUGCACGAUGACCACGCAGAGGUCGUCCAAUAUGUGGCUGCGAUCGUGGGUGCAGAUAACAUUGUACUCCUGGGACAUCAUGAAGAAUAUGAUCCGUUUCACAGGUUCUUUCGUGUCCAGGAUCGCGUUUCCGAGCCCGAGCAGGGGCCUUUUACCAUGAACGAGUGCGCGGUGUUGUACUACCAGCAGGAAGUUCUGAAACCCGAGUCCAUGAUUCGGGUCGCGGACUUGUCCGCGGGCGAUUACUGCCUCCAGGACGUGUGGCCCCAGUGGGACGAGGUGUUUCGGUUGGCAAAACCUCCGGAACAGGAGAUGGUCGGAGAACCUGGGAGUAGAAAGAGCACGACUGUGAUAGAACACGAACAACCUCCCGACGAACAGGUACUUGUGUUGUUGGCUGUGCUUGCAACUCAUUUGUGCCCGAGAACAUCAUGUUGUUGUUGAUGAAUCGGCAGUGGUGCGUACUUCCACUUGAUAUUGUCCUUGUGGGUUUGCAAGAAACUACAACUCAUAACGAUAUGCAUUUGCAUGUCCUCUCCAUUUCAUCAUCAUGAAUCACAAUCAUUACCAGACCGGUGGCGCAGCUGACAAGACACCGGAACCGGGCCAGAUGCUUGCAAUUAUGGGCGAUUUCAAGCUGGUGCAGAUUGAUGCAAACGGGGGGCUUCGAGAGAAGCUCGCACCUAUGGGAGAGGAGACUGCUGCAACUCCCGGAAGUAACAACGAUGGAGCGGCGCUGUCUCUUGGGAAGCCGGAGUACAGAAUAGAGGGGGACUGGUUUUACGGGGAGAGCGGCCAGAAUCGGCUGAGGAUAACGGACGGUAAAAGUAUAGUUGUAGGACAUAUCCAGCGACAUCAUAGGCAUAGCCGAAGUUUUUAUAAGCAUCUUCAGAUCACUUCUGACUCUGUCUUUGUUUCCGAGUUCACGAGGAUGGCGUGUAGACAUGAUCGUGAGCCCAUCCUUCUUCUUCAACCCACUGAAAUUCCCAUCUUGCAGGUCUCGAAGUGUGCGACUUCCUGCUCUCUAUCCUCGCCGAGGGCGAACUGGCGGAGUGCAGUCUGCGCGCCGAAGAGAACGGGUGGAACAUUGGACACCUCCCGAACCGCGGGACGAUCGCCGUGAAGCGGCACAAUUUGGUGUACCUGGAAACGAAGUUUCGGCCCCAGGGCGCAAGCGGGUGGUUCGCCUCGGUCUUUGCCUGGCCGCGGUUUUCGUUCAUGGUCAAGGGCGCGUUUCGGGGACCGUUCAGCAACUCGCAGUGCCGCACUUGGUUCCUAGAAAGAAGGUUCGACGACAAGGAAACCACCAUGUUCCGGCUUGGUAAGUUUGAUUGUAAUUGAGUUUGAUGUAUUGAACCCGAAGUACUAGAAAAUAGGUAAGUAGGUGAUGAAAUCGUCCCAAUUAUGGACAAGGCAUGGCGCUACGUGGUCUUCUUUAUUAAUUGGCUGUCUAUGACUUUGAUUAUGUUCUGUUUCUAUAGCAUUCGUCAUCUUCUCGUUCUCCACGACGUUUUCGACAUGAUCAGGCAACGACCCAGAGCACCGGGCGCACACGCUGCGCGAGCUUUUUCCCAAGGGCGGUUGCUUUGCGCUAGAGGCGCUUCCGUCUUCGCUCAAUCCAGGAGGAGAGCCGACGCUUGCGCCUGACGCUACGCAGGGUACUUACUUUGUAUUGAUGUCUGUGUUCAUGUUCUUACUCUGUCCACUUGUGACGCCAGCUUUAUCUUCCGGUCGUGACGGUGUCGCCUCUACUAGGUCCGUACCGUUCCGCCCAGCACUCAUCGAGCCACUAGCGUGUGAAAAAAAAUCAAUUAGAAACACUCGAGCAGCAUUGGGUUUUUUUUUUGAAAGAUGAAGUUCGUUGCAGGACCCCUACUAUUCAACAGCCGGCUCCACUUCCGGCGUGAUCAUCGGCGGCAGACCCUCGCGCUCGAGUCAGCAGCAGAGCGUCGCUUUUGGCAAGCCGACUGUGGUUCCAUCACCAGAAGUGGUUGUAGCGGCACCAAGAACUACUUCCUCUUCCGGUUCUCGUCCGGGCUCAACGACGACCGCCCAACAAUCCCCUCCCUCUGUCGCUUUUGGCCAGCCGUCGGUAGUGUAUAAUCGCGGCGGAUCGCAACAGCAGCAAGUGUCCGCGGCGGUACCGUUCGGGCAAUCUGGGGGGCCGUACUUCUUCGAUGAACAACAGCCAGGCUCCUCAACCGGCGCCACUCGCGGAGGCGGGCAGCAGUCCAUUGCAGCAGCAGCGUUCGGGCAAAAAAACAACUCGGUCGCGUUUGGAGCAGGACAGCAUCAACCCUCGGUCGCGUUCGGCCAGCCGAGUGUCGUGUUCGGACAGCCGUCAGUACGAGAAACCCGUGCGCAGGGUGCGUCUGGCAUUUUUCCGUUCGGGCAAUCCGUCGUGGAACUGCCGCCUGCGUCUUCCGACGUCACCUCCUCUGCUUUGGCGCAGGAAGUCUUUUUGCAAUCGGGCGAGACGGCGGGAACUGCAGGGCAGAGGAGCAGCGGCCAGAGCUCCGCAGUCCAUCUGCGAACGUCGUCGAUGACGCAGCAGCAGGCGCCGACGUCACGAUCGUAUUAUGGGUCUUCCGAAACUGCUGGUGUCAUGACGUCUAGUUCCGGUACGGGGUCGCUUUACUUCCGGAGUUCCAAUCUGAACCCAAACGCACCACUGCAAGGGCCUCGCAGCGGUGCUGGAUCCUCGACUUCCUCGUCGAUCAACCUGCUGCAGUUUCCCUCGAGCUACAACAGCACCGGGCUGCAGUCGCGCAGCUCGGAACUAGGAGCCUCGAGAUCGUCUGGGUCGUCUAGGGCAGGAGGCGGGUCACAAGUUCUUGCACAACCUCCAGAGCCAUCCUCCUACAGCUCCGGCUCGCAAGUGAUCCUACCGGAGAACUCCAGUAUGCAGCAGCUCCCUUUCUCGCGGGGUAGUCAACAGCAACAAAUGCUCCCGGGAAGCGGGAACGAAAUGCCGCCGCCGGGUGGGUCGAUGAACUUUCCUGCUAGUAGUGCGUCGAGUGCUGGAAUAAACAAGAAUUCCGUAGUGAUUCGAGGUUCCACCUCUCGCGUUGACAAUCAAGAUUUAUUCGAGGAGCAAAUCGGAGGGCAGGCUGGGACGUCAGUGUACUUUGGGCGGGAUAGUGGGCAGCAGCAGGAAGAUCAACAUGGCGGCUCGCUUUACUUCCGGCCUAGCUCUGUGUUUGAAGAUCCGAAGGCAUCGAACGUGAGUGACCGCUCCAUGCCGUCCAUGCAGCACGCAGCCGCGGCGUCAAGCUACUACCCGUGGUCGGGAGCCAGCGAAGGAAGUAACCCUGCUGCUCGACCUUCUUCUUCCAGCCGUGGCGGAACUACUCCGAAUUCCCAACAAGAGCACCAGGAGCAGCAAGUUGGGAUUCUGCGCAGUCAGAAUGAAGAGGCGCAAGGGAGCUCGAGCGUUUACUACGGCGGGACCAGUGUGCGAUUUUCCGAUGGGGAGCACCAGGCGUCCAUGAUCUACACUGCACCGGAGCAGUUGGUAAGACAAGCGGAGGGACGCGGCUCAUCCUUUGUCGCGUCAAGCAGUAGCAGCAGUAGACCUGGUUCUGGUGCACAUAUGUACAGUAACAUUCCGCCUGCGAGCGACGCUUCGCUUCCCUCAUCUCUUUACGCAUCGGAGAUGGGGUCUCUGGGCCUGCGCGAACAAGCAGCGGUUCGUGGUGGUUUACCGGGCUCCAUGGAAGACUACCCCCUAGACCACGAUCCCUACUCGUCGACCGCCGCGACAGCAAACAACGUGGCCGCCGGCGCGCCUGUCAUUUUGAACGCCUCCGCGCCGAGAAUGCAGCGGGCGCUGUCGUCCAUCCGGGAAGAAGGGUCUAUAGGGGCUGGUGUUGCGGCGCAACAAGUAGGAAUGUCCUCAACCGCGUCUUUAGAUCAGCAACGGUUUAGAAACGGAGGCUCGAUGAUGCCGCUGGAUCAGCAGCGGGCGAUGAAUAGUACCGGUUCGAUUUUACUACAACAAAAUGCUGACGCAGCAGGUAGGACGCUGUCAUCGAUGGUGUCACUAGAUCAGCAGCGCGCCAACGGAUCCGCUUUUGGGCAGCAGCGGCCGCUCGGGGCUUCUCUGGUGCAAGAGCCUUUCCGGUCUUCGAUGAGGCCAUUGGGAUCCGGAAUGUUAGGAUUGGGUUCCUCUUACGAGAACAGAUCUUCGCUGAUGUGAAACGGAAAGCGAAUAUGAGCAACGAGCGAAAGAUACAUUACAUCAACCAUUAGACAACACAGGAUUGACUGCAGCCAGCAGGAUUCGUGUCUAGCUUCAAGAAAGGUCAAAGUUUCGCUGUACAAUUUAAGCUUAUUAUAUGCGUGUGCCUGACGUCAUGCAUCCGCCUCCUGGUGUAGCCAUUCCUUCGCGCUACGUCAUUUUUUUUUUCAAAAUUGAUGAAGUAGAAAUAGGAUGAUCUUCGAGUUUCAAAUGCCAUACGUUUCUCUACUUAGAUGAAGUACGAGAACCUGUCAGUAGAGUUUCGUUUAACUUCUACAGGAACUGGCGCAACUACAGGACAAUCGAACCGAACGUACUUGGUUGACGAGGCUGCUAAGCAAUGUCACAGAACGGUAUGUAAAUUGUAAAAUGUUAGAAUGUAGUUGUAGAAAAGUGGCAAAUGGCAACGAGUGACGUGCUGUCGUCGGGGGAAAGGAAAAUGACGAAAUGCCAUCAACACUACACCUACUUCUUGCCCUUUGGCUGCAGUUCACUCGAU